UGAGCUCGUGCCCGUGCCGCGCCAUGUUGAUCAGGUCACUUCUACUACUCGGUGUAUGCCUGGUGACGUCACAGCUGCUGUGUGCGCUGCCUCUUGAGCCAGAGCAUCCAGAGACUUUGCUAGACCAGGAAAAUGAUCAGCUGUCAUUGGAAUCGACCAAUGAUGCCGCGGUAGUGCGGGAUAAAAGGACCGUUGGGUUUUUACGGCAAGCGUUCCCCACUUUGUCGCAGAUAAUUGACAGAAAAAUUCAAGCGAUCACAAGGCUACUAUUUCGACUAAUCGGUCGACUAGUCCUGCGUGGUGGAGGAGGAGGAGGGGGAGGAGGCACAGCGGAGUCUUCUGACGACGACAGUGACAGGAGGAUACAGAUCACACUGCCGACUUUCCCUCCUUCUGCUGACGAAGAUGAGGAUGAAGAUGAAGACGAAGAUUCUACCACCGGAUCCUCGGAUGACUCCACCACCACCACCACAGAGCCGAGUCCAGAUGAGAACUUAGCCGAGUCUAGACUGGUGCCGGUGGUGGUGAGGAGGGUGAGGCAAGCCCCCGCAGCAGAGGAGGAGGAGUAUGAAGAUGAGGAUCAAGACACUGCAGCCACUGGAGACAAUGAGGUGUCCCAGGCAGAGGAUGACGCAGUGGACUCAGACUCCGCGGAGAGUGAAACCAAUGAGGAUGACCCAAGAAACAAGAGGUUCCUGAACCUGGGUGGCUCCGGAGGCUCUGGAGGCUCUGGUGGAGGCUCGGGCAACUUUCUCUUCGAUAUCAUCCGGCGUUCAGCGGACAGGGCGGCACGCAUGGCCGGCACAGUCUACCGGGUGUUGGCCGGCACCGACGAUGUAGGCUUGCCAACAUACCCACCGAUAACAAGCAACAAACACACCAGAGCAGCGCUGGUGGCAGGCAGUGGAACAACUCAGAACCAGGAUGAGGCAGACAAUGCACCCUUGGACGAGACCAAUACCACACACUCCGGCAAGGCAGAUGAUGGCUACAGUGCAGGUGUUCCCGGACCCCUCACGAGACUCUUCGUCAUCGCUAACCGCGGCAUCGCCAACCUCAUACAGGACCUCAUUCUUCGUCUCGCCCAAACCAGUGAGCGAAUAGUGAACUUCAAGGCCAGGCUCAUCACUUCCAUCAUCUAAGUUCAGCGACCACGCUCAGUUACCACGUCCUAUCACUUGGGGUGCUCUGCAAAGGAACCAGGACAUCGACAACAAAACCACAUCUGUUUCUACGAUUAAUUGUGAAAGUUUUAAUAUUCUGUUUUCUAAUUUAUUUGUAGGAAGCCCCAAGUGACACGUGCGGGGAGGGGGUACAGACUGCGCUCACUCUGUCCUCCCUCCCCCACCCCCUCCCUCACAGAAGGGACAAGUCACGUUUGAUAUGUUGUGUAAUAUAUACGAUCACAAAGCAAUGUAAAUAGACAAUGGCUCCAUAUCAAAUAAGACUGACGCAUUACAACGUUUCAACUUCACUGCCAUAUCGAGAAUUCUUCUCCACACACAAUCGUACAUUACAUUUCAAUUCUGCUAAUUACAUUCGUGAUACUUUUCUGGUAAAACUUCAGUUUUAGUAACCAUUCUAAAGUUCAGUUAAAGGUUACUAGACGUAAUAGGUUGAUUACGUAUUAUGCAAUCGCGUGAAUACACUGCGUAUUAUGUUCAGAUGCUUAUUUAAAUUUCCAACAUUUAAAAACAAAAGUAUUAAAUUAAUUGUUUUAUUAAAACAUAUAAAAAUCCAGAUUGUAUUUCUUGAAAAUACACCAAUUAAAUUUUUUAGCAAUGAUACUAUACGGAUAUUACUCAGCAUAACUGUGAUCACAAUCGUUACAAAUACUCAGAUAAAGAUCAAUCAAUCUUUACUUCUCUCUUUUUUAUGCGAACAGUACGUAGAGAAUUGUCACUUUUUUGUUAUAUAUAAAUUAAUACAAUUUUAUACAAUGUUGUGACUCUUAAUCUCAAUGUAUUUUACAGCAUAAAAUUAGUAAAAAAGUUUGCAUUGUAAAAAUCUACAUCAUGCAUCGUACAACUUGCUGCCAAUUAUAAUGUAAUUACUAUUUCAAAUAUAAAAUUAUAAUUCACUUAUAUUUUUUCAAUUAUAAAUUCCAUGAAUAGCUAUGAACCAAGUACGGUCUUCAAAUUUUAGAUAUUAAAAUUUUUGUAUAAGUUAUAUAAUUAUAAAAGCUAUUAAUUCAGUAUCACUACCUUUUUACCACUAUAUCAAACUCAUCAAGAGUACCUUCAUUAGCAGCUAUAUGAGCACAAAUUAAAUUGUAAUGAUUAAGUAAUUAUUAUGUAUUUACAUUUUGUUCACUUUCAACCAGCAAUGUCUCAUUUCAGAAUAAACGUAUUUCAAAAAUUAAACAAUAUGGAAAAGUGAAUUUUGUUAUUCUAUAUCAUAAAGCAAAUUUCACUUACGAUCUUGGUAUCUUCCACUAUUUAUUUACUACUUUCUCUUAGGUUUUAAGUUAAAUUUAUUAGGUUGUAUGUAAUUGUAGUUAGUUAAGAAAUCAAAACUUAGAUCUAGUACAGCCCUGUAAACGUUUCCAGCCAAUAAAUUUCCGCCCAUUUCCAGAAUUGUCCCAUCAGCAUAAUACAAUUCUAAAUGUAGCAUUUUCACUAACGUCAUUUUGUAAAGCUUUUUAUAUGCACAUAGGAGUACAGUAAAUAAAUUAUGUGUAAAUAGGAAA